AUGGCGGCUGGCGACAUCGAGCUGCCGUCGGUCGCGCCGCGUGGCGGAGCGCGUCGCUCGGGUGGAGGGCCUGCGAAGGAGCGGAAGUCGAGCUGCGUUUCCUCUUCCCUCGUGCCUCUUCUGGGCGUUUUGUUUCUGUUUCUUCUCUGUUACAAGCUGGCGACGUCUUCGCUGCUGUCACAGUCUUCCUCGUACCUGUCGGCGGCGACGUCGCACCGCGUCGGCUCGCCCGUCAUGGUGUGCGUGAGCAAAGCCUGGCCGUUCUACAAUCCGCUGGAGACGUACAUCUUCUACACUAAGCUGGGCGUCUGCGCACCGGAGCAGCUCGAGUACGCGCCGAUGACGCUGGGACAGGUCCUGCGCGGCGAUCGCCUCGUCAAGAGCGGGUACGAGAUCGCCUACGGCGUGCCGCAGGAGACGCCGCGGAAGCUCUGCACGGUGAAGCUCGAUCGCGAGCUGCUCACAAAGUGGAAAAGCUUCGUCGACCAGAACUACUUCUUUGAAGUCUACGUUGACGAGCUGCCCAUCCACGAGCCCUUCGGCGUGCGCGUCCGCAAGAAACUCGCGGACGACGGCAAGGCGGAAAAGCGCAGAAAAACCGAGUUCGGCGAGGACGAGGAAGAAGAGGGAGAAACCCGGUACUAUGUCCGGAAAAACAUCAACUUCCUCCUCGGCUACAACGAAGGACAAGUCGUGCAUGCCGAAUACCGCGCCGACAGCCUCGAAAACGACUUUCUCGACAUCACCGAUCUCCCGGCGCCGAACGAGACGAUCGACGCGGACUUCACCUACACUGUGCACUGGAAGGAUCGCCCAGACAUCAAGCCCCACUCGCGCGUCUCCCGGCAGCUCUCUUCGCCGUUUGCGCCGAUCUCAGGCGAAGCGUCUGAGCAGAGAGUCGACUCCGCAGGCCAGCAGAAGCGACUCUCCGUCGAUGUGCAUUGGCUCGGGAUCUUGAACUCGUUCGUCUUCACUCUUCUCAUCGUGCUGCUGCUCACAGUACUCCUCCUCAGGAUCGUGAAGGCCGACCUCCACAGCAUGAUGUUCAAGCUCGCAGACGAAGAGCUCGCUGCCACGGGUCUCGAGGAGGAAACAGGCUGGAAGCUCCUGCAUGCGGACGUCUUCCGCCCGCCUCCGCACCGCAUGCCGCUCUCUGCGAUGGUCGGAUGUGGCGCUCACCUGCUCAUGUUGGUCCUCGCGACGAUUGUCGUCGGAUGCUUCACCCCGUACCUCGAGCGCGGCGAACUUCUGUCCUGCAGUCUUCUCUCCUACCUCCUCACCUCAUUUAUUGCAGGAUUCAUCAGCUCAAACACGUACCGGAAGCUGGGCGGCGUCAAAUGGACAUGGAGUCUGGUGGUGACAUGCAUGAUGUUUGCGCUGCCGCUUUUUGUCAUCUGGUGCGUCUUGAACACCAUCGCGCUCGUCUACAACUCUACCGUCGCGUUACCCUUCGGCACCACCUUCCUGCUCUUCGCGUGUUGGUUUUUUGUUACGCUGCCGCUGACGAUCAUCGGAGGCAUCUGGGGUCGGCGGCGGGCGGCUCGUCAGAUCGCGGGAGGCUACGCUUUCCCCUGCAAGACGAACAAGCUCGCGCGGGAGAUUCCGCGCGUGCGGUGGUUCAAUCGGCCGCUCUUCCAGACGAUCGUGAGCGGCGUGAUGCCCUUCAGCGGGAUCUACAUCGAGCUGCAUUACCUUUUCAUGAGUGUUUGGUCUUCUAACCGCAUCUACACGUUCUACUUCUUUCUGCUUCUCGCUGGCGUCCUCCUCUUCGUCUCCGCCGCCGCCGUCAGCGUUCUCCUGACCUACAUGCACCUGAACGCGGAGAAUCACCGCUGGUGGUGGCGCUCGUUCCUCAGCGGCGGGAGCGUCAGCCUGUAUUUCUUCCUGCACUGCGUGUACUACUUCUUUACGAGUACGCGCAUGCACGGGCUUCUACAAACCUCCUUCUUCUUCGGCUACUCGCUCGCCGUCUCGUGGAUGCUGUUCCUUAUGACGGGGUGCGUCACCUUUAGUGCGAACUUCAUUUUCGUCAAGUACAUCUACUCGCGGAUUAAAUCCGACUAA